AUGUUUGUUUCAAAAACCUUGUUGCCGCAACAAUCCUUGACACUCCCAGUCUCCAAAUAUCUUCGUCUCGCACUUCUUGUCAUUCUUCUUCUCACUCUAGGCUCUAUCAUUGCUAGUUUCUUUAUUCGAGAAGGUCAUCAUCACAAAACCAAAUCUUCAUCUACGUCUUCAUUAGGAGAUGUGACAUUCUCGCUAGAAUCCAAUCAAUUCAUCAUCAAUCCCAUCAUCAAUGGAACCAAAGGAAAGUGUCCACUACUCCGUACUCCAUCUGACCAUGAAUUUCCAUCCGAGUUCUUUGAUUCGUUUUGGAAACGACCACAACACGAAUACGAUGGACGAGGAUUUAAAUUAUUUAAAAAAUCGAAACAUGUGAAAAUUGUGAAAAGUUUGGAACUGAGUGCACAGGAUGUUUAUUAUUAUGCAAAUUUAGUUCCGUAUAAAUUGAGUGAAAAGACGGAAAGUGAAAUUUGUAAACCAGCAGCGAAUGAUCAUGAUGCUCAGUGGAGAAGACCCUAUUUAAUUGACAUGACCGACAAGUGUAAGGAAUCUUCGAAAAGACAAUUUAGAGAAGGAACUUUUUGUGCGAAGAUUGAGCAAAAAGCUUGGAUCGUAGAAAUUGAAUGUGCAUGGGUGGACGAGUCAAGUUUUCAUCAUGAUGUCUCAUGGGCCACAUUCACCGAUGAAGGCAUUAUCGCUCAAGUCCAACUCGGUUACGGAUGGAAACCAACCAUUCAAAAGUAUUUUCGAGUGAGACAUUUUGAAAAAUUGGCCAAUCCAGGAUGCAGUGUUUUACCAUAUGCAAAUGGUCACAUGCCAGUGGAGAUUCUUCCGAGAAUGGUUCGAUUAUGGAAUGAAUUGCCAUUGGAUAUUCCAUUAAUUUGGCCAAAUAAUCCUGUGGCUGAAAGAUAUUUACGAAUUAUGGAAGAAUUGCAAGUCAUUGUUGGAAAACGAUAUCUAGUCACUCAAGAAUUGAAAACUGUCAUGAGAGCAAACAAAUUAUAUCUCUAUCAUGCAGAUGAUGACAAUUUUCCACACAUGAAUGCUCUCGAAUACCAAUAUCUAAACUCGAGAAUUACACAAGGCAUGCAUAACAAAUUCCCAAAUUUAUUGUCUUUGAAAAAGAAGAAAAUUAUAACUUUAAUUGAUCGACGAGCUCAGACACGAAAUUUGCAAGAUCAUGCCUCCGUGUUAUUGGCAUUGAAAAAGGAAUUUCCAGAUUGUGAAGUACGAGAAUAUGUGAUUGGAUCAGCAAAGGACGCCAAUGAGUUUAUUCGAACUACUGCCAAGAUUUUCUAUGAAACAGAUAUCAUGAUUUCACCUCAUGGAGCGUCUCUCAGCAAUAUUUUGUUCACACGAGCUGGAACGGGUGUGAUUGAACUCGGUUGGGGAGCUCUUCCACAAGAUUACAUGUGCUUUGCGAGAAAUAUGAAAUUUAAAUACAUGCUUGUGGCUGGAGAGGGUCAUCACGAUUCCUUGUAUUUGAAAAUUUCAGCACAAGAAAUUAUUUAUGCAGUGAAAACGUUAUUGAAUGACAUGAUAUAA